UCAUUAAAUUGUGUUCAAGUUUUGCUGGACAUUAUCCAAAUAGUGGUUAAGUAUUUUGGACAAAAAUUGAAAAAUUUACAAAUAUUCAGAAACCAAUCUAAUAUGAAGAUUGCCAUAAUUGGACAGUCGGUGUUUGCCAGCUCUGUGUAUCAAUUAUUGCAACAGAAUGGCCAUCAAGUUGUCGGUGUAUUUACUAUUCCCGAUGUCAACAACAGAGAAGACCCGUUGGCAUCGGUAGCGGCCAGUGAUGGAGUGCCGGUAUUUAAGUUUAAAAAUUGGCGAUCAAAAGGACAACCAUUGCCCAAAGUACUGGAACAGUAUAAAUCGGUGGGUGCUGAGCUAAAUGUGCUACCAUACUGUUCCCAAUUCAUACCCAUGGAGGUCAUCAAUUAUCCCAAACAUCAAUCCAUUUGCUAUCACCCAUCUCUGUUGCCUAAACAUAGAGGUGCUGCUAGUAUUAACUGGACACUCAUCAGUGGCGAUAAAUUAGGCGGUUUCUCAAUUUUCUGGGCCGACGAUGGGUUAGAUACCGGUCCCAUACUAUUGCAACGUCAGGUGGAACUGGACGACAAUGAGACGGUUGAGUCGUUAUAUAACAGAUUCCUAUUCCCGGAAGGUAUUAAAGCGAUGGCCGAAGCCGUUAACUUGAUUGCCGUUGGAAAGGCUCCACGAGUUACCCAGUCCGAGGAGGGCGCCUCCUAUGAACCAAUGCUUAACAAGAAAGAGUCGUCUAUAAUCAAAAUUAGUGAAUUAACUGGACAACAGUUGCACGACUUCAUCCGCGGCUGCGACAAAGUGCCCGGUGCUUGGGUCACACUUGAUGGCCAAGAGGUCAAACUGUAUGGCUCUCAACGCUGGAAAAAGGAUAUUCCCAAAGAUGGACUUGAAGUUCAAGUGCCAGGUGCUGAACGACCAGCACUGGUGCACAACGAGGGUUUACUACUGUUCGGACGGGACGGACAGCCCGUUAAUGUAAAAAAACUGGUUCUGGAAAACGGGAAAAUGAUUGCAGCGGCCAAUUAUGGMCAGAGUGAUGUCCAAUCAGACAUUGGUGAUCUAUCAGCUGAUGAACAAGCAAUUGUAGAUCAAAUUAAAUCCAUUUGGGAGUCUAUAUUAAACUUAGAGAUUGAAUUGGCCACAGAUUUCUUCAAAUCGGGCGCCGGUUCUAUGGACGUGACGAGACUGGUCGAGGAGAUCAAAGAGAUCGAAUCGAUGGCCGGCGUCGAACUGGCCAAUGAAGACGUCUAUAUGGCCACAACUUUUGAUGAAUUCUCCAAAUUGGUUGUUCUCAAGUCGCGCGGCGGCUCCAGUGGCCAACAGUUAGUGUUUACACCGGUCGAGUUGAACGUAAAUAAGCGAACCGUCAGGUUUGCUAAUCAACUCUUUAUAAACAAUCAGUUCAUCGAUUCGUCAAAUCCGCAAAAAGUUUUAAAAACAAUUAAUCCAAACGACGAAUCAAUCAUUUGUGAGGUCCAGAGCGCCACUCGCGAGGAUGUAGACAAAGCUGUCGCUGCGGCCGCCAUGGCAUUCGAGUCGGGCGAUUGGGCACAAAUGAAUGCCAGAGAUCGCGGUAAACUAAUGUUCCGAUUGGCCGAUCUUAUGGAGCAACACAAGGAAGAGUUGGCCACAAUUGAAUCCAUUGAUUCGGGAGCUGUCUAUACGUUGGCCAUCAAAACACAUAUCGGAAUGUCGAUCGACACGUGGAGGUACUUUGCCGGUUGGUGCGACAAAAUUCAGGGCUCAACCAUACCCAUCAACAACGCCCGACCCAAUAGAAAUCUGUCAUUUACUAAAAAGGAGCCAAUAGGGGUGUGCGGUAUAAUCACACCUUGGAAUUACCCGUUAAUGAUGGUCUCAUGGAAAAUGGCCGCAUGUCUGGCAGCCGGUAAUACUGUUGUUUUAAAACCAGCACAGGUCUCACCACUAACUGCACUCAAAUUGGCUGAGUUAUCGGUUUACGCCGGUUUUCCUCCCGGUGUUAUUAAUAUACUUCCCGGUUCUGGUUCGGUGUGCGGUCAGGCCAUAGCCGAUCAUCCAUUGAUACGUAAACUGGGUUUUACUGGUUCAACACCGAUUGGACAACAAAUUAUGAGAUCCUGUGCCGAGUCAAACAUGAAACGUGUGUCACUAGAAUUGGGCGGAAAAUCGCCGCUUAUUAUCUUCAACGACGCAGAUCUCGAACGCGCUGUACGUCAGGCCAUGUCUGGCGUAUUCUUCAAUAAAGGUGAGAACUGUAUAGCUGCCGGUCGAUUGUUUGUCGAGGAGUCCAUUCACGACGAGUUUGUCCGAAGGGUUGUCGAGGAAACCCGUAAAAUAAAGAUUGGCAAUCCUUUAGACAGGUCCACAUCGCACGGUCCUCAAAAUCAUAGGUCGCAUCUCGAAAAACUUGUUGAAUACGCACAGAUAGGAGUUAAAGAUGGCGCACGACUUGUCUACGGUGGCCGACAAGUGGACAGACCGGGUCUCUACUUUAUGCCGACCAUAUUUACGGAGGUCACCGACAAUAUGUACAUUGCACGGGAAGAGUCGUUCGGACCGAUUAUGAUCAUCAGUAAGUUCCCAAAUGGCGAUGUCGACGAUGUCCUUCGUCGGGCCAAUAAUACCGAAUUUGGAUUAGCUUCGGGUGUCUUCACGCGCGACAUCUCCAAAGCACUGUACGUGACCGAGAAGAUCAAUGCCGGCACGUGUUUUGUUAACUGUUACAACAAGACCGAUGUKGCCGCGCCUUUCGGCGGUUUCAAACAAUCGGGUUUCGGYAAAGACUUGGGUCAGGAGGCGCUCAACGAAUAUCUGAAGACCAAAACCGUUACCAUUGAGUAUUGA